UCAUCAAUAUCACUUCAAAGUAGUUUUUUCGAUCACAACCUGUGGUUUCGCGAGCUAUUUUCUGUUAUUUAUGUAAAAUAUUCCAAAUUGUACAGUAUUCAGGAUGUACACACUUCUCAGCGGAUUCUAUAAAUAUCUCACACAAAAGGACGAAUACUGCAUACUGAUCCUGGGCCUGGACAAUGCUGGCAAAACGACCUAUCUGGAAGCGGCCAAGACCAAAUUCACCAAAAACUACCGCGGGAUGAAUCCCAGUAAAAUCACCACCACCGUGGGGUUAAACAUUGGCCAGAUCGACAUUCAGGGCAUCCGGAUGAGCUUCUGGGAUCUGGGCGGCCAGCAGGAACUCCAGUCCUUGUGGGAUAAGUACUAUUCGGAGUCGCAUGCCGUUAUCUACGUGGUGGAUUCGAACGAUCGGGACCGGAUGCACGAAUCGAAGGAGGUGUUCGACAGGAUGAUUGCCAACGAGUACCUGUCGGGGGUCCCGCUGCUUGUGCUGGCAAACAAACAGGACCUGCCGGAUUGCAUGGGGGUACGGGAGAUCAAACCGGUGUUCCAGGAAGCGGGACAUUUGAUUGGACGGAGGGAUUGUCUGGUGAUGCCGGUGUCGGCGCUGACGGGGGAGGGAGUUGAUGAAGGCAUCAAAUGGCUGGUGGAAUCCAUCAAACGCAAUUCCUUCGCCCGUCCUCCGAAAACGGAGGACACAUGAUAAGUGGAUCGACUGAGGCAAGUUUCCCGUGUGCAAUUUCGUUUACUGAUCGUGUUAAACUCACGAAAUUUAUUCCAAUUCAUGUGUAUAAUGCCACUCAAGACAGAAAGAAAUGGUAUUUAAUGCAAAUAAA